ACCUCACUCAGUGAUCGUGUAGAAGACUGACAGAAAGUAAAACUCAACAUCGACGAUGGUAGAAGUAGCACCAAGUUCCCUCGCCGCUCCGGCCAGGGCCCCGGCGAAGAGGUCCGCCAAGCCCAAGAAAGCUGGCCCGAGUGUCGGCGCUCUUGUGGUGAAAGCCGUGACAGCCUCCAAGGACAAGAAGGGUGUCUCCCUCCCGGCUCUGAAGAAGGCGCUGGCGGCUGGCGGGUACGACGUGGAGAAGAACAACGCUCGUGUCAAGGUGGCCGUCAAGAGUCUGGUCAGCAAGGGGACGUUAGUGCAGACCAAAGGCAUCGGCGCAUCUGGCUCUUUCAAGCUGGCCAAGAAGCCGGUCGUGGCCAAGAAGAAGCCCGUGAAGAAGGCCAAGAAGCCCGCGGCGAAGGCAGCCAAGAAGCCGGCAGCCAAGAGACCAGCAGCAGCCAAGAAGCCCAAGAAGACCGCAGCAAAGAAGAAGCCGGCCACGGCCAAGAAAUCGCCGAAGAAGGCGGCAGCCAAGAAGCGCGUCGCGCCGAAAAAGGCCACCAAAAGCCCCAAGAAGGCGAAGAAGCCCGCCAAGGCCAAGGCUCCCAAGAAGGCCAAGCCGGCAAAGGCGCCCAAGAAGGCUGCUCCCAAGAAGAAGUAAAGCAGUGGAGGAAUGAAUGAAGUAAACCCAAAGGCUCUUUUCAGAGCCGCCCAAUUGCACUUUCAAAGCGCACUAUUCUCAAUACUGCUAUACUGGUUAAAAAAAAACCCCAUCUAAUACGUCUU